UAUGCGCCGGUGCUUCACACGGGAAACACCACGACCUUUCAAGCAGCAGACGCCAACAGGACAGGAACGUUAAUAAUGUUUGUUCCGCGGUUAUAGAAGGAGAUUCUGAGUUUCUGUGACUGUGGGGAAAAAAAAGCAUGAAUUGACAUGUUUCGCUUGUCUUUGGUCGUGUGCAGCAGAAGAGCCUCGCAAAGGUUCGCCUCGUCCUUCUCUGGUCAGAGUUCUCUGCCUCCUAAUUUACUUCUGCCUACAAACCUUGUGGAUCCCGCAAGAUUAAAGCGUCGUCCUCCUCCUGCGGACUCGCCUCUGCCUCUGCUCCGGAAGUGUGAUGCCGUCGUUCCUGCUCAUCUGAGUCCCGUCCACGCGUGGGUGGAGAGUCUGCAGAGCCAGGACGCGGAGCCGCUGGGUUUGGCUCAGCUCCACCCUGAUGUGUUCACGGUGCCUCCAAGACUCGAUAUCCUCCACAGCGUUGAAAUAUGGCAGAGAAACUACAAAAGGAUUAGCCACGCCAAGACGAAGGUCCGCUCUGAGGUCAGGGGUGGAGGCAGGAAACCCUGGAGACAGAAAGGGAGUGGACGCGCCCGGCACGGAAGCAUCCGAUCGCCGAUAUGGAGAGGAGGUGGGGUGGCUCAUGGGCCCAGAGGACCAACCAGCUACUACUAUAUGCUGCCCAUGAAGGUUCGAGUACAAGGACUCAAAGUGGCGCUGAGCUCCAAGAUGGCGCAGGACUACCUUCACAUUGUGGACUCCCUCAACAUCCCCACUCCAGAUCCUCAGUACCUGUUGGACCUGAUCAGACACAGACACUGGGGCGAAUCUGUUUUAAUAGUCGAUGUAGGUGAAGAAUUUCCUGAAAACAUCCUUCAGGCCACAGCAAACCUGAAAACGGUCAACAUCAUUCCAGCUGUUGGUCUGAAUGUCCACAGUAUGUUGAAACACGAAGCGCUUCUCCUCACUGUGGAAAGCGUCCGGUUUCUGGAAGAGAAGCUGCUGUGGCACGACGAGCGCUACGCACCUCUGUACCCCUUCAAACUACCCUACUCUGACUUCCUAUAGGUGACACGGGUCUCUACUAGUUUGUUUUCUUUAUGUUGAACAAAGUUACCAAUAAAUUAUAAAACUGGUAUUAAAAAAACAUUUUAAUAAAAAGCAUUUAAAAAAUCUAA